CACCUAUCCCCUUCAACAUAAACAAACAACCGUAAAGAGACAGCAGCUGCCGCUGCAAACACACGUGCACUGCGCUGCGUGCCGCAAUGGCGCUGGUGGCGGUGAUGGGGCUGCCUGGCAGCGGCAAGAGCACGCUCUGCGCGCUGCUCAGGGAGCUGCUGGUGAAGCAAGGGUACGCAGAUGUGGCAGUCGUCGACUUUGACGACGCAGCUGUCCAUGAUGGUGAUCGCGAUAGUGUCAGCGAAGCCACGUGGAAGGAACAGCGAAGGAUGGCACUGGCCAAAGUGGAGGCACUGCUGCAGGCACCGCCCUGUGGUGAGGGUGCUGGCAAUGGUGACGGCAACGACGCCGGCAGCCAAGUGCAACGUCGUGAUGCGGUGGUCAUCGUCGACGACACGUUACACUUGAGGAGCAUGCGCCGCGAGCUCUUUCGGAUCGCUCGACAAUGUGGCGUUGGGUUUGGUGUGAUUGCUGUCCAGACGGAAGUGGAGGAGUGCUGCCAGCGGGAUCUGGCCCGACCACAACCAGUUGGAGCCGCCGUCAUCCACAACAUGGCCAGCCGCGUCGAGCUGCCAGCCGAGGCAUGGGAACCAAGCAUCACCGUGCAGAACAGCAGCCGCUGCUCGAAAGACGAGGAGCUAGCUGUCCAGCGUACCGACGUUCUCAAACACUGCUCAGAGUUCCUCGCGCGCACUUGCUCCCAGCCCCUCACACCCUACAUCGACAAUACGGCAGCCAAGGCUGCUGCUCGGCUCGCAACAGCCAAGAGCUUACUGCACCAGACCGACCUUCGUCUUCGCGGCUGUGUUGGAAAUGCCCUCAAGACAGCCACAGCUCUCUCCGCUGAGGAGAGACGAGACGCCGUGUCCCGCAUCUCUGCCCUCAAGUCUUCUGUCUUGGCUGACCUGCGAGCUGUUGGUGAUGCGCUGAGCGCGCUCGAGUGCGAGGAGGCCGUGACGGCGUUUGAAGCCGCAAUACGCGACAUUGUGCAACCAUGAUGCCAGCCGGGUCCGGUCAGUGGUGCGCGCAAAGGUUUAAUCGUCAUCAAAGGCACAAGGGACAGGAAGACAGGAGCAAAGAGAAGAAGAAGAGGAGGAAGAGGGAAAAGAGGUUGUUACACCAGUCAAACGUGCAAUGUGACACCAACAACGCGUCCAGAACCGCACAACAACAGCUACGCACACGCACGCGACACACUCUGGCAGCCGGAUAUGUAGUAAACACCGAAAGGAGACGCCUGUCUGUUCCAACCACCAACAAACACUUGGCACAUUCACUGUGCUCAUUCCUCCCCCACGUCCAUAUCGCCUUCUCCGGCAUCUGCAUUCUCGCCUCCAGCGCCGCCUGUUUGAGUGGAAGCACAGCAACCAACAAGAUUGCAACAAGCAGCGCACGAGAGUGAGUCACCGAGUGAUGAGUGAUCUCUUGCGAUCUGGCGGUGCGCGGUACGACCAAACAACUCGCACAUGCGUCAAUGCUUCUCGCGCAUGCGCGCGUCUAUAUUCCGCACCACUGUACACACACACAUACACAAAAGCAAACACACACACACACACACACAGCUGGCUUGACCUGUGAUACGGAUGGCGCCGACGUCGUCUGCGGGCUUCUCCGUCGGCUCAAGCGCAAACCGCUUCAUCUUCUUAAGCGCCUACAAACACACACACACACGCACGCAAGACGGAGAGAGAAAACAAAGGGUGCGGUGGCAUGCGUAAGGUUGCGGUUGAGGCGCUACGCAGAGCAUCGCUUCCAGCACUCUGCCUCAGUAAUGCAUUCCUGCUCUCGCCCCCCCCCUUUUUUUUUUCCUUCUUUCCUCUCUUCCUCCGCCACCUCGUUCAGAGUGGAUGCAUUAGAUACCACACGCCAGCCAGCACCCUGCGUGCCACAGCCACCCCCUCUCCCUCCCUCCAUCGACAACAUGGCCUGCCUCUCCCAGUGCGUUGUACCUUUUCGCCCGAGAGCUUCUGUACAACGGCCUUGUUCUUCUCGUAAAUUGCC